UUAUUCUUUCUUUGUGGAAGAGAUGCUCUACUUUUGCCAUCUUUGACCAGUUAAUUUGUUCUCUUCAAGACCCUCCUUUUUUCUUGACCUUUUUUAGUCCGUAAGCCCCCGUUUCCAACCCGUGACAUUCAUUCAACCAUUUCUCUUUAUUCUCUCCCCUUUCGACUCGAAGAACGGGGUCAAGAGAUAGUUUUCCAAUCAUGGCCGACAAGAAGGCCGCAGUCGCGUCCGGCGCUGAUCCCGCCGGUGACGCUGCUCGCCGACGUAACGUACCCGGUUCUACUACCACCCCUGGCUCUCAAGCACAACAACCAGAGGCCGACGAGAAGAAGGUUCAUGGAAAGAAGAAGGAAACCUCGUUCCUUGACAUUCUCGACCAGUGGGAGUUUAUCAUUGCGCCCCUGAUUUUUACAGCCUUUGCCGUCUUCACGCGUCUAUGGAAGAUUGGCCUUAGCCCAAUUGUUACUUGGGAUGAAGCCCACUUCGGUAAAUUCGGAUCGCACUAUAUCAAACGCGAAUUGUUCUUCGACGUGCACCCCCCUCUAGGAAAAAUUCUCGUCGGUCUCUCCGGAGUUCUAGCUGGUUACAAUGGGUCGUUCGAGUUCAAGUCCGGUGAAACCUACCCAGAGGAGCUCGACUACACGUUUAUGCGAGCUUUCAAUGCCUUCUGGGGGAUACUAUGCGUGCCAUUGGCCUACUACACUGCGAGGGAACUGAACCUUAAGCGACCUGCUGUCUGGCUAGUUACGCUUAUGGUUCUGUGCGAAAACUCGUACACGACGAUCAGCCGAUUCAUCUUGCUGGACUCUAUGCUUCUCUUCGGAACCGUCGCGACUGUAUUCUGCUGGUCCAAAUUCCAUCGCCAGCAAAAAUACAGCUUCGAACCCGAAUGGUUUUUCUGGCUAUUCAUGACAGGACUGAGCUUGGGAUUCGUUUGUAGUAUCAAACUUGUCGGGCUUUUCGUCACUGCUCUUGUUGGCUUGUACACCAUUGAGGAUCUCUGGAACAAGUUUGGUAACACCAAGAUGCCAGUUCCAGUUCUUGCUGGUCACCUGGCUGCUCGAAUUGUCGGUCUCAUCGUCAUCCCGUUCCUAGUCUAUCUGUUCGCUUUUGCACUUCACUUCGCGAUCUUGACAAAAAGCGGUCCCGGUGACGCCCAGAUGAGCUCUCUGUUCCAAGCAAACCUAGAAGGUAGCGAAAUCGGACGAAACUCCCCCUUGGAAGUUGCCCUCGGCUCUAAGGUAACCCUUAAGAACAUGGGCUAUGGUGGUGGUCUUCUCCACAGUCACGUCCAGACGUAUCCCGAGGGCUCGACUCAACAACAGGUCACUUGCUACCACCACAAAGACGCCAACAACGAGUGGUGGUUCUACCCUAACCGUCACGACCCCGACUACAACCCAGAGGAAGAACCCCGUUUCGUUGGAAACGGUGACGUUAUUCGCUUGAUCCACUCUCAGACGGGACGAAACCUCCACACUCACGAUAUCGCAGCCCCCGUUUCGAAAGGCCAAAAGGAAGUAUCCUGCUACGGUAAUUUGACAGUUGGUGACGAUAAGGAUCAUUGGCAAAUCGAGGUCGUCAAGGAUGUUGCCUCGCGUGAUAAGAGCAGGGUUCGAACUUUGACUACCGCUUUCAGACUUCGAAAUCCAGUUAUGGGCUGUUAUUUGAGGGCUGCCAACGUUAACCUCCCUCAGUGGGGUUUCAAGCAAAUCGAAGUGACCUGUGAUAAGAGCAACAAUCCCCGUGAUGCCUUCACUCACUGGAACGUCGAGGCUCACACCAACGACAAACUUCCUCCUGGAGACCCCGGCAAGUAUAAGUCGCCAUUCUUCCACGACUUCAUUCACUUGAACGUCGCUAUGAUGACUUCUAACAACGCUCUGGUGCCCGACCCUGAUAAACAGGAUGACCUUGCUUCUCAAUGGUGGCAAUGGCCUAUCUUGAACGUUGGACUACGUAUGUGCGGCUGGGACGAUAAGAUCGUCAAGUACUUCCUCCUUGGCAACCCCUUCAUCUACUGGGCUUCGACAGCUUCCCUAGGUGCUGUUGGCCUCGUUACUGCUUGGUACAUCCUACGAUGGCGACGAGGGUUUACCGACUUGUCUCAAGAUGAGAUCGACCAAAUUCACUACUCUGGACUUUACCCCAUCCUCGGUUGGUUCCUUCACUACCUCCCAUUCGUCAUCAUGGCUCGUGUUACCUACGUGCACCAUUACUACCCGGCUCUAUACUUUGCCAUUCUCAGUCUUGGUUUCCUCGUCGACUGGACCUUGAGGAACCAGAAGAAGGCCAUCCAAUACACCAUCUACGGAAUCUUAUACACUACCAUCAUCGGUCUCUACAUCUACUUCAUUCCUAUCUGCUGGGGUAUGACUGGCAGCAACCAAAACUACAAGUAUAUGAAGUGGUUAGAUAGCUGGCGUAUGUCCGACUAAGGGCUAGAUGAAGUCCAAAGGGCAACCCAAAGCUAGAGAAGGGUAGGCCGUUUAGGUAUAGGGAAUUCUCCCCUACAAAAUUCGACUACUUAGUCCAUUUGGUCAUAAUGGCCAUGAAUCAAAUCUCCAUCUCCUCUAUGUUCUCUGUUGUUUGAUGUAACGAUAUGAAGGCAAAACUUGCAUGAAAGGGAAAAAUAAAGAGAGUGGAGUUCACGGCGGUAUAACGUGGAUGAGGCAUAUCUGGGGAAAUAAAAGCAAACAAGAACUCAUCAAUCAAUCCAUCAAUCAGUACACCGCUUUCUAAUACAACACCACAAUUUUUUUUUCUUUUUCUAUUGAGAUCUAAAGGAGGGGGCCCUCGUCACGAA